CCUCGGCAUUUCCGCAUUAGUAACUUUGCCUGCUUAAAGUUCGGACUGGACCUUCUUCCGUAGGACGAGCUUUGUUCGGGCGUUGUACAGACUGCUUGUAUUCCAUUACCUUGUAUACCCAUGUUGUUGUAAUGUACAACGUUUUGUUUUGCGGCUGGUGACAGGCAGUGAGUAGGAGUAGUGUAAAGACGGUGACUCUCAGGUAAAGGAUUACCUAGCUGUUCCUCAUAAGAGUCAAAACUGGUUUCCAGUGAAGCGACAUGGAAAAUGAUCAGAAGGGAGCGACUGGUGGAGAAGACACUGUUGAUGACAAAAUUAUGGAACAAGGAGCAGUUGUUUUCAGAGGAUAUGUAAUUCAGAGUGUAAACAGAGAUGAUCCACGAAUGCACCUGGUUCCUGAGGAUCUUGGUGGGAGGGCAGACGAAGGACAGGAACCUGAGGUGAAAGAAGUUGUGUUGCGUUUACGGAAGAUAGCAGAGGAUCUCAACAGGGAUGCUGAACUGGAGCGCCUCUUAGACGCUGUUGAUCUGGAUUCUGUUCAAGACGUCUUUUUCUCUGUGGCCAGGAAGAUCUUCGCCGAUGAGGUUUCCUGGGGGAGGGUGGUUGCCUUUUUUCAUUUUGCUUACAGACUCAUAUACAAGGCUCUGACUCAGAACCACACAGAAAUCAUCCAUAGGAUCAUAGCCUGGGUGUUGCAGUUCAUAAGGGAAAACAUAUCCUCAUGGAUCCGACAGCAUGGAGGAUGGGAGGGCGUGCUGAACUGCGUACUGCGCUGGAACAACGUGACCAUUUUUGCCGCUGGGAUCCUUACUGGGGCUCUGCUGUACUGGAAGAUGGCCAACUGAUCCGCUGGAUUGCACCCCGACCCCUACAUACAAGGGGUCUGUCACCGGGGUUUAACCGACGGCCCACACUCAUAUUACACCAGCAAUCCCACAGUGUCAGCGCUUUAAAGCCCAUGUUGGACAAUCCCCUCUUUAAUUCAUAGAGCAUUAUGUGUUAGGUGGUGGGGAAACACUAAUAGUGUAAACCUGGCGUACUCAGGGGUACCUGUCACAUCAGUACUACUGCUGGUUUUCCUUUCUAGCUAAGAUUUAAUUAAUUGAUUGAUUGACUUACUUGAUUACUGAUUGGUGGGAGACCCACUCACCUGGUGUCCCAGACCUAAACCAGUCCCCAAGGGGACUUGGGAAGGGGCUGGGGCUAAAGUAUUACCUACGUUUUAAACCCGAAACGGGAGCGUACUGACUGUCCAGUUGCAGAAUACUGCAGGUGCGAAGGGAGGAUGACUGGAUGUAGCCUUUCUACUGUGACAAAUUUCACACAUUAUGACUGCAGUAUGCCACCCCGGCACCAGCUGAGCAGAUUCCCAGCAUUGCCACCCCAUCUCUUGAGGUGCGCUGAAGAGCGUUUCAAACGCUCAGAUUUAACUUCCUGCUCCAAAUCUGGAAUGCUGGAUCUGUAAAGGCCCCAAAACGUUCCUCCAGGGACAGUUUGAGUAGCCUGCCCCUGGUUUGAAGUUAUUGUAAAAAUGUCAUGAUUUUGAAUUUCAUUGUUCAAGGUAAAAAAAAAAAGAAGUGCUUUGCAGUUACACCUAGACCUCCAUGUGUGAUGGAAAGAACAUCAAAGAUCUUUUAUCUGAAGAUUACUCUUAAUCACUGUAAAUUAGUUUCAAAAUGAUUGAAUUACUGUAUUAAGAUGGAUAUUGUGUUGCUGCCAAAGGUUUGCUUGGGACUAUGCGUGUGUUUUUACUAUGGAAUUACAGAGCUAGAGUGCUGGUUUUACUUAAUUUAUUUUUUUGAUUGACACUCCACCAGAGAAUGAAUGGGUAUUUGAAAAAAAAUGGGUCUUUUCCUACUGUGCGUUUCACUGAAACAAAGAUGCAACUAUCUGCUGUUAAAUUCUUAUGCAUGUCCAAACAAUGUAAACCACAGUUUACUAUUCACUUUGUUUUUUAAAUGUGUGAUGUAAAUGAGAUUUA